AUGAUAGUUAAGGAAUAUUAUCCAUUCAGUAUUGUCGAGGACAAAGAGUUUGGUAAACUUUUAAAAAUGUUAAACCCCGGAUAUGAUUUACCAUCCAGAAAAACUCUGUCAACUUCGUUGCUUUCUGUUCUUUACAAUGAUAUAGUAGAGAAUGGUAAUUUUGUUAGUAUCACGACUGAUGGUUGGACAUCUGUAAAGAAUGAAAGUUACAUUGCUGUUACAACACACUUCAUAGACAAUGAUUGUAAGCUUAAGUCAUACUUACUCUCUUGUUUUAUGUACUCAGAAUCACAUACCAGUGAUAAUUUGAAAAAUGAACUUUUAAGAGUUAUAAAAGAAUGGGGUUUGGAACAUAGAGUUUCAGCUUGCACAUCAGACAAUGCACCAAAUAUAACAAAGGCAAUUGAUUUAUGCAAAUGGAGGCAUGUACGUUGUUUUGCUCAUAGCUUGAAUUUGGCUGUACAAAAUGCUAUAAAAGAAAUUCAAGAGGUCAAAGAGAAGGUUUCAGGUAUAGUUAGACAUUUCAAAAAAAGUUCUACUGCUGCAGGCAAAUUAAAAUCGAUCCAAGAACAACUGGGCUAUUCACCUCCACUUGUUCUUAUCCAAGAUGUUGUGACAAGAUGGAACUCUACUUUUGAAAUGUUUCAACGAGUACUUGACUUGAAGAUUCCUCUUUCCACAGCAUUAGCAGAAACCAAUUAUAAUGAGUAUCUAACAAAUAAUGAUUGGAUUAUUAUUACUAGAGCCUGUGAAUUAUUAAAACCAUUUAAAGAAAUCACUACUGAAAUCAGUUCUGAAAAAUCCGUGACAAUUUCAAAGAUAGUAGUACUAAGUAAAUCCCUCAUUAAAUACUGUAACAAAAUAAAAUCUGAACAUAAUACAUGCAUGCAAAUUUCAAAAAUGAUUGGUGUUCUAGUUAGUGAAGUAGAUGCACGGUUUAGGUCAUUGGAACUAAAUCCAUUGUAUGCCGAAUCUACAAUAUUGGACCCAAGGUUUAAAAAUUAUGGAUUCUUGCAUCAGUAUGCAUUUAGUGAAGGUAAAAAGUCCUUAAUUAGCAAAGCUGCAACAGUUAAUAUUGUAAGUAAUACUCAAGAAGUCACUGUAUUGCCAAAUCAGACUGACGAUGAUUCCAUAUGGAAUGAUUUUGACAGUGAAGUGGGUUCAAUAGUUCAAUCUUCCAAUCCUACAGCAGCAUUUAUCGUUGAAAUCGAUAAAUAUCUGCAUGAACCACUUCUGUCACGGAGAGAAGAUCCCCUGCUUUGGUGGAAACUAAAUCAGUAUGUGUACCCAAGACUUUUCAAAUUUGUUAAAAAAAGGUUUUGUAUCAUGGGUACAUCUGUACCAUGUGAGCGGAUUUUUUCCAAAGCUGGACAGACAAUCACAAAAAAAAGAAGUAGGCUAACAUGUUCAAAGUUUGAACAAAUGAUUUUUCUUAAUUUUAAUUUAGAAUAA